ACAAGCCCAUAGUCAAUAGCACUAAAAAAUAAUCUUGGUGCCUCUUGCAAAAAUGAAAACAAAAAAAAAACAAAUUGGCGGUGUGUAGGGCGAGGUUCAAGUAAAUGGCCCUUCCAUUAUUUGAUUUAUUUCCCUGGGAGGGAAUUAAUUAGGCCUGGCCACCCAUUGACGGUUCAGUAGGAGAGAAACUGGUUCUGCUGCUUCUUCUUCUUUAAGUCCCAAUAACAAUGGCGUCUGAUAACAAAUUGAAGAACAACCAAUCAUUAGUCUCCACUAUGAUCAGGCAAGGCUUCAUUUCCGACCCUUUCCUCUCAUCUCCGCCUCCUCCCUCCAAACUCGCCGCCGCUCUCUCUCCGCCGCCGUCCAAUCAGAGCCCGACCCUCUUCGAGAUGAUCUCCAAGGAGCAUUCUCGCAGCUUCAGACACUCUCCGGACUCCCUCCACCGAGCCCACGACCGAAUCUCCCGGGUUUUGGCCCGCGCCCCUUUCCAAACCCCAAUCGCCGCAAACUGCCGCUACGGGCCAGCCGACGUCAAUCUGACGAUUGCGGCGCGUGACGGAGGGCCCAGGGUUUCUAUGGACGUUCAUCGGCGGGUGCUGGUCUCCCGGAGCAGAUUCUUCGCCGAAAAUCUUCGCAGCGAUGGGUCCCACUCGGUGGAGAUCCUGGAUUGCGACGACGCCGAAGUCUAUGUGGAGGCUGUGGUUCUUAUGUAUUGUGAUGAUCUGAAGAAGAAAUUGAUUGGUGAAGGGGUCCCUAAGGUCUUGGGUCUGCUAAAGGUGUCUUCGGCUAUAGCAUUCGAUGAUGGAAUAAUGGCUUGUUUGGAGUAUCUGGAGGCAGCUCCAUGGUCUCCAGAAGAAGAGGAGAAAGUGGCCACUCUCUUCAGUGAACUUCACCUCUCCGAUUCGGAAGCAACUGAUGUGCUGCAGAGAAUAGUCUCUGAACCUUCGACCUCUCCCAGACCUGAUGAAAUAUUUCUGAAACUGUUCAGCGGCGUUCUACAGGCGAAAGACGAAAAAGCCCGCAGAGAGAUGAAGACAGCAAUGUCUGGUCUCCUCAGCGACGAAUCCACAGACAUUUCUCCUGAGAUUCUGCAUCACAUUUGUCGUGAAUGCCUUGAUUCUCUCUUGGUCUGUGCUUAUGAAGCAUUGGGUGUGGAUGAGAGUAACAAGGACCGUGGAGCCAUAAUGGGCGCGGUCGCUAGAGAGGCAGACAAUGUCCAUUGGGUGGUGGGUAUCCUAAUCGACCGAAAGAUAGGGGACGAAUUUGUUCAUUUAUGGGCAGACCAAAAGGAGCUUGCAGCUCUUCAUCCAAAGAUCCCAACCAUGUACAGACAUGACAUCAGCAGGAUCACGUCGCAACUAUGUGUGGCAAUUGGUAGGGGGAGUGUUCUGGUGCCCAAGGGCACACGGUACGCGUUGUUAGCGACUUGGUUGGAAGCGCUGUAUGAGGAUUUCGGGUGGAUGAGUAGAGCGGGCAGGUUGACGGAUAAGAAUGUGGUCGAGGAUGGGUUGAGCCAAACGGUCCUCACUCUACCGUUGCCUCAGCAACAAGAAAUCAUGCUUCGUUGGUUCCAACGGUUUCUUGACAAAGGGGACGAUUGCCCCAAUAUCCAUAAAGCAUUCCAAGUGUGGUGGCGAAGGGCUUUCAUUAGGCGCGAUUUGGUAGGCGAUUCGAAUCGUCAUUUGCAGUUAGCUCUCUGUGAUUAUCCUCUGUCUACCCCAGAGUAGGGGUAAGGUCUGCGUCCGUUCACUCUCAAGACCCUAGUUUUUGUGGGAUUCUACUGGGUUUGUUGUUGUCGUCUCAACUGAGGAUGAUACGUUUUGUUUUCUUUUACUCGAUAAAUUAGGGAGAUGUAU